GCCCUACUUAUGGCUGGCACCGGUUCAAUGCCGUUGCUGUGCCUACCCUACAUGAAAACCUACAUGAAAAACACAAAAACGACCCACUUCCCAACUCCCCAUGCCUUUCCCAAACGUCGCCAUAAAUGACUUGUACGAAGCGUACGACUACAUCAUCAUCGGCGGAGGCACAGCUGGUUGCGUCCUUGCCAACCGUCUUUCUCGAAAGCCAGACGUAACCGUGCUCCUCAUUGAACGUGGUCAUGCUGGUGAUAGCUGGCAGUCGCAAGUCCCGAUGUUAUCCUCUCAUUUCGCGUCUGAUGGGUCCCAGUCGCGUGUAUGGACCACAGCUCCACAAACGCAUAUUGGAGACCGAGAAAUCCAAGUCCUGGGGGGAGGUUCGCUUGGAGGGACGUCGAAAAUAAACGCGACGUUAUACACGCGUGGGUUGCCUGCGGAAUGGAAUUCGUGGGCGCAGAUUAGUGGUGGAGAGCAGUGGAAUUAUGAAAACAUGGAAGAGUACCUUUUGAAAUCCGAGAAGAAUUUGGAUAAGAAUCUGGAGGGGAAACACUACCAUCAGGUUGCAGGUGAAUGGCCUCAUCGCUCUUUUCCCAUUUCGUGGGAUCACACUGUACAGUCAGUUCUCAUCAAAGCUACGUCAUCACUGGGUCUGCCAUACAUAGAGGAUCUCAACUCUCCUUACGAACCGGCUCACGGAUUCGCGAAGCUACACUUUUGCGUCAACAAGGAUGGAAGUAGAGCGUCGACGUCAGCGACCUUUCUCCCACAACAGCUCGUAAAAACGCGAUCAAAGCAUCUCCACGUCUGUUUGAAUACCGUGGUGCACCGCAUUCAAAUUGGGGCGGAAAAGGAGAAACCACGUACUGAAGGGGUGUGGAUACAGGCCAGCGAUGGUUCUGGAUCGCCACGACUCAUCCACACGAAAAACGAGGUGAUACUUGCAGCGGGGACGAUAACUUCCCCCCAGGUUCUACUCCUCAGUGGCAUUGGGCCGGAGAAACACCUUGAGGAACAUGGAAUUCCUGUGACGAAGAACUUGCCUGGUGUAGGAUCCCAUUUACAAGACCACCUCGCCGUACCCGUCCAGUUUCAAGUCCCAAUGAAUGAUUGCAUCCUUAAGCUAAGAACUCAGAUCUGGCUUAUCAUCAAGGAAUUCUUCCUCUAUUUCUUCUUUGGUCUGGGGAUGCUCAUUAACGCAUCUACGAUGGAUGCUAUCUUGUUUGUCCAAACCCGACUCUUAGACGAAGAUAACCGCGUUUCCGCUUACUCAAAGGUUGACAUGGACGCUAGGAUCCCAGCGAAUCUUCCGGAUCUUGAGGUUCUGCCAAUUGCAAGUGCGGAUGAAUCCAUACUGAAAAAAGCAAAAACGAAACUUGGAGGCUUAACCCUCUACUCCGUCUCCCUCCGUCCGGAAUCGAAAGGAACCAUACGACUCACGUCUUCCAACCCUUUCGCAUCAGUUUCGAUCGACCCAAACUACCUAUCCUCCCAAGCAGACCGAGAUUUAUUGCGUAAGGGAAUACGUUUGUCGUACAAAUUGAAAGCGCAGAUGUUGGAGCAAGGUUAUCCUAUCACCGAUCUACACACUCCCAGAAGCACGACGGACGAAGAUUUGGAUGAGUUUAUUGACAAGGAGUGUGUGUCUGUAUACCACUACUCUUCGACCUGCCGGAUGGCUCCCGAGGGAGAUGGAGGUGUCGUGGAUUCGAGGUGUAGGGUGUAUGGGAUCGAAGGACUAAGGGUUGCAGAUGCGAGCGUCAUGCCAGGAGUGCCUAGUGUACAUCUGGCGGCGGUGACGGUAGCUGUGGCAGAGAAGUGCGCAAGUAUGGUUUUGGAGGACGCGAAGGGAAGGGCUUACUCUUGAAGCUUAAAAGGUUAACAUCCGGUUUUAAAUUAUCGGGUAGAAGGUAAAUUUUAGUCGGUUCACUGCCAUUCAGUGCUAGAUAGUAGAGGAUGGUGGUACUUAGACGAUUCCCACUGUCCUGGCAUAUGCGUGUAUACGUGAACGUUUGAACACUUGCU